GCCUUUGGCACACCGCUUACCUGCUGCCGUUGUCGCCGCCGCCGCCGCCGGGGCUGGAUGGGGGGCCGAGGCCAACCACUGGCACCCAGAAGAGAGAGACGCGGCGGCGGCGACGCCGACACCCGCAGGACGAGUACCCUGAACCGCCCGCGAGCCCGUGGAGGAGGCGGCGAGGCCCAGUCCCCACGGUCCCUGGUGUAGAGAAGCCUCCUUCGCCGCCGCGGCCGGGUCUCCCUGGGCACUCGCCCCUCAGGUCUCAUCCACACUCAGGACCCCGCGCUGCACCAUGUUCAAGAAACUGAAGCAAAAGAUCAGCGAGGAGCAGCAGCAGUUCCAGCAGGCGCUGGCCUCUACUCAGGCUUCCUCCAAUUCGUCAACACCAACGAGAACCAGGAGCAGGACAUCUUCAUUUACAGAACAACUUGAUGAAGGCACACCCAAUAGAGAGAAUGCGUCUGUCCAAGCCACGAAAUCUCCCGACAGUGUUAAUGAAAGUGAACCAACAACACCUCAGUCAGCUGACAUGCAGUCUUUUGCACAGAAGCUCCAACUCCGGGUGCCUUCGGUGGAGUCUUUGUUCCGGAGUCCAAUAAAGGAAUCUCUGUUCAGAUCGUCUUCUAAAGAAUCUUUAGUACGAACAUCUUCUCGAGAGUCCCUGAAUCGACUUGACCUGGACUCUUCUGCUGUCACCUUUGAUCCGCCCUCUGACAUGGAGAGUGAGACGGAAGACUCACUAGGGAGUUUAGACAGUCUCAGCAAAGAGCAGUUGAUCCAGUGGUUGCGGAGAAUGGAACGGAGGUUGAAUGGCUACAAAGGAAAAUGUUCUGAGCUUGUUACAGCUUAUCAAACUCUUCAGAGAGAGAAGAAAAAACUGCAAGGUAUAUUAAGUCAGAGUCAGGAUAAAGCACUUCGGAGGAUUGGAGAGUUAAGAGAGGAGCUCCAAAUGGACCAGCAAGCAAAAAAACAUCUCCAAGAAGAAUUUGAUGCAUCUCUGGAGGAAAAAGAUCAGUAUAUCAGUGUUCUCCAGACUCAGGUUUCUUUGCUGAAACAGCGGUUACAGAAUGGCCCGAUGAGUGCUGAUUUACUGAAACCCCUCCCUCAGGUGGAGCCACAGGCUGAAGGCAUCAGUAAAGAGAACAUAGAUAGUGAUGUAGAGGCAGGAGUGGGAGAUGGAGCUUCUGCUAAAACACUGGAAGUACUUCAGCAAAGAGUUAAGCGUCAAGAGAACCUACUGCAGCGCUGUAAGGAAACAAUUCGGUCGCAUAAGGAAAAGUGUAUGCUAUUAACCAGUGAAAAAGAGGCACUGCAAGAACAACUAGAUGAAAGACUUCAGGAACUAGAAAAGAUGAAGGAGCUUCAUAUGGCUGAGAAGACUAAACUUAUCACUCAGUUGCGUGAUGCAAAGAACUUAAUUGAACAGCUUGAACAAGAUAAGGGAAUGGUAAUAGCAGAGACAAAACGUCAGAUGCACGAAACCCUGGAGAUGAAAGAAGAAGAAAUUGCUCAACUUCGCAGUCGUAUCAAACAGAUGACUACGCAGGGAGAGGAAUUAAGGGAACAGAAAGAAAAGUCUGAAAGAGCUGCUUUUGAGGAACUUGAGAAAGCCUUGAGUACAGCCCAAAAAACAGAAGAAGCACGGAGAAAAUUGAAAGCAGAUAUGGAUGAACAAAUAAAAGCCCUUGAAAAAACAAGUGAGGAGGAACAUAACAGACUUCAACAGGAAUUAAGUCGCAUGAAACAGGAGGUUGUUGAUGUAACAAAAAAAUCCUCAGAACAAAUUGCUAAAUUACAGAAGCUUCAUGAAGAGGAGCUGGCCAGCAAAGAGCAGGAACUGACCAAGAAGUUUCAUACCCAAGAAAGGGAAUUUCAGGAGCAAAUGAGAGUAGCUCUUGAAAAAAGUCAGUCAGAGUAUUUGAAAGCCACUCAAGAAAAAGAACAGCAAGAAUCUUUGGCCCUGGAAGAGUUAGAGUUGCAGAAAAAAGCAAUCCUCAAAGAGAGUGAAAAUAAACUUCGGGACCUUCAACAGGAAGCAGAGACUUACAGAACUAGAAUUCUUGAAUUAGAAAGUUCUUUGGAAAAAAGCUUGCAAGAUAGUAAAAAUCAAUCAGAAAAUUUAGCUCUUCAUUUGGAAGCCGAAAAAAAUAAGCACAAUAAAGAAAUUACAGUCAUGGUUGAAAAACACAAAUCAGAACUGGAGAGGCUGCAGCAUCAGCAAGAUAACCUUUGGACUGAAAAAUUCCAAGUCUUACAGCAACGGUAUCAGACUGAAACGGAAAAACUUCGAGAAAAGUAUGAACAAGAAAAAGAAACAUUGUUGAAAGACAAAGAGAUUCUCUUUCAGGCUCACAUAGAAGAGAUGAAUGAAAAGACUUUAGAAAAGCUUGACGUGAAGCAAACAGAACUGGAGUCUCUGUCGUCUGAACUGUCAGAAGUAUUAAAAGUCCGUGACAAGCUCGAAGAGGAACUUUCUGUACUAAAGGAUCAAGCAGAUAGAGUGAAGCAGGAAUUAGAGGCCAAGUUGGAUGAGCAGAAAAAUCAUCACCAGCAACAAGUUGACAAUAUCAUGAAAGAACAAGAGAUGUCCAUCCAGAGAACUGAGAAGGCAUUGAAAGAUGAAAUUAAUCAACUUGGGCUCCUUCUGAAGGAAAAGGACAAGCAUUUGAAAGAGCAUCAGGCUCAUGUGGAGAAUUUAGAGGCAGACAUUAAAAGGUCUGAAGGGGAGCUCCAGCAAGCAUCUGCUAAGCUGGAUCUUUUUCAGUCAUUCCAGAGCACCACACAUGAGCAGACAAAAGCAUAUGAGGAACAGUUGGCCCAGUUGCAGCAGAAGUUGUUGGAUUUGGAAACAGAAAAUAUUCUUCUUACCAAACAGGUAGCUGAAGUUGAAACUCAAAAGAAAGAUGUUUGUACUGAGUUAGACACUCACAAAAUCCAGGUGCAGGACUUAAUGCAGCAACUUGAAAAACAGAAUAGUGAAGUGGAGGAAAAAGUAAAAUCUUUAACCCAACUCUAUGAGUCCCAACUUAGAGAUAAUAACACAGAGCAGGAACAGACAAAGCAACUCUUAAAGGAAAAGGAAAAUGUAAUUUUACAAAUGAGAGAAGGACAGAGCAAAGAAAUUGAAGUACUCAAACAGAAGUUAUCAGCCAAGGAGGACAGUAUUCACACUUUGCAAGAGGAAUAUGAAACCAAAUUUAAAAAUCAAGAAAAAAAGAUGGAAAAAAUUAAGCAGAAAGCAAAGGAGAUGCAAGAAACGUUAAAGAAGAAAUUGUUGGAUCAGGAAGCCAAACUUAAAAAAGAGCUUGAAAAUACUGCGCUAGAGCUUAGUCAGAAAGAAAAACAGUUCAAUGCCAAAAUUUUGGAAAUGGCACAGGCUAACUCAGCUGGAAUCAGUGAUGCAGUGGCAAGACUGGAGACAAACCAGAAGGAGCAAAUAGAAAGUCUCACUGAGGUGCACAGGCGAGAACUCAAUGAUGUCGCAUCAGACUGGGAAAGGAAAUUUAAUCGACAAGCUGAAGAAAUUGAGGAAAAACAUGAAAUCCAACUACAGGAAAAAGAACAGGAGAUAGCAGAACUGAAGCAAAAGAUCCUCAUAUUUGGGUGUGAAAAAGAAGAGAUGAACAAGGAAAUGGUGUGGCUGAAGGAUGAGGGUGUCAAGCAGGAUGCAGUGUUAAAGGAAUUACAGGAACAGUUAAACCAGAAGGCUGCUCACGUGAAUUCUCUGUCGCAAAAUGAAAUUAAACUGAAAGCCGAACUUGAAAAGCUGGAGGUUGACUUGACUCACUCUCUGAAGGAAAAUACUUUUCUUCAAGAGCAUGUUGCUGAACUGAAGAUGCUGGCAGAAAAAGAUAAGCUUAAGGUUUCUGAGUUGACUGAGAAGCUGAGGACCACAGACGAAGAGUUCCAGAGUUUGAAAUCUUCACAUGACAGAAGUAAGAACAUCCUAGAAGACAAAAGCUUGGAAUUCAGAAAACUGACUGAGGAGCUGGCAGUCCAGCUGGGUAUUUACUCUAAGAAAACUGAAGCCUUAUUACAAGCUAAAACAGAUGAGCUAAUCAACAUUAGCAGUAGUAAAAUUGAUGCCAUUCUGUCGAGAAUUUCCCAUUGUCAGCACCACACAACUAAAGUUAAGGAGGCGCUACUGAGUAAAACUCGCAAAGUUUCUGAGUUAGAAGCACAACUUAGACAGCUAACAGAAGAGCAGAAUGCACUAACUAGUUCUUUUCAACAUGCUACGCAUCAGUUGGAAGAAAAAGAAAGUCAGAUUAAGAGCAUGAAAGCUGAUAUUGAAGGUCUCGUAACAGAAAAAGAAGCCUUACAGAAGGAAGGAGGCAGUCAGCAACAGGCCGCCUCUGAGAAGGAGUCUUGUAUCACACAGCUGAAGAAAGAGUUAUCGGAAAACAUCAAUGCUGUCACUUUGAUGAAAGAAGAGCUUAAAGAGAAAAAGGCUGAGAUCGACAGUCUUAGUAAACAGCUAACCGAUUUGAACGUGCAGCUUCAGAACAGUAUCAGCCUCACUGAAAAAGAAGCAGCCGUUGCAUCACUAAGUAAGCGAUACGAUGAAGCACAACGGGGAUUGCUGGAUCAGGUGCAAGAUUUAUCUCUGAAAGUCGAAACUCUGAGUAAAGAGAAGAUUUCUGCUCUUGAACAGGUAGAUCACUUGUCCAACAAAUUUUCGGAAUGGAAGAAGAAGGCACAGUCAAGAUUUACACAGUAUCAAAAUACUAGUAAAGAACUGCAGACACAGCUUGAGUUAAAAACAAAGGAGGCCAGUGAAAAGGCUGAGCAGAUAGCUUUACUGAAGGAAGAUCUUGACAAGCAAAACAAAAGACUUGAAUGUUUAAAGGCUGAAAUGGAAGAUAAGAAGAGCGAGAUGGAGAAAAAGGAGUGUGAUUUAGAGACUGAGUUAAAAACUCAAGCGGCAAGAAUUGUGGAAUUAGAGGAGCAUGCUGCUCAGAAUACAAUGGAAAUUGAGUCCUUAAAUGAAGUUCUUAAAAAUUACAAUCAACAAAAGGAUAUUGAAGAGAAGGAAAUGACUCAGAAACUUCAGCACAUACAAGAGUUAGGAGAAGAAAAGGACAACAGGGUUAAAGAGGCUGAAGAAAAAGUCUUAAGACUUGAAAACCAAAUGUCUUCCAUGAAAUCUGAACUUGAAGCUAAGAAGGAAGAAUUGGAACACGUGAAUUCAAGUGUGAAAAGCAAAGAGGAGGAGUUGAAGGCCUUGGAAGAGAGACUUGAGUUAGAAAGUGCCGCAAAAUUAGCGGAACUGAAGAAAAAAGCUGAACAAAAAAUUGCUGCCAUCAAGAAGCAGUUGUUAUCACAAAUGGAAGAGAAAGAACAGCAAUAUAGAAAAGACACAGAAAGCCACUUGAGUGAGCUCAAUACCAAACUGCAGGAGAGAGAGAGAGAAAUUCACACCCUGCAAGAAAAACUUAAGUCGAUGGAAAAUUCACCACAGUCAGAAACACCCGUUGUCAGCAGAUCAGCCAAAGAUGUGGCAGUAUGCACCGAGGGAGAAGCAGCAGACUCCCGAGGCUGUGUGCAGAAAGCAUGUGAAGAAAAGAUCAGUGUUUUAGAAGGAAAUUUAAUCAAAAAAGAAAAGCUAUUGCAGAGACUAGAGCAGGAAAAAGAAGAGAUAGUUUCUUCUCAUUCCGAAAUGCAGUGCAGAUACCAGGAGCUCUUAAUAAAGGUGGAACAUGCUGAAGCCAAGCAACACGAGGAUCAAGUUAUGAUAAACCAUCUUCAAGAAGAACUUGAAGAAAAAACCAGGAAAUAUUCCCUGUUGGUAUCCCAGCAUGCAGAAGAAGAGGGAGGUAAAAAAGACAUAGGGGCAAAGCAGAACUUGGAAAAUGUGGUUGAUGACAUCCAGAAAUCCCUCCAGGAGAAGGACUUGACCUGUCAGAUCUUGGAGCAAAAGAUAAAAGAGCUGGAUUCCUGCUUAUUAAGAGAGAAGGAAGGGCACAGAAUUGAAAUCAAAGAGUUGACCUCAAAAUUUGAAAAAUUACAGGCUUUACAACAGAUGGGUGGAAAAAGUAAACCCAUAGAAGUUUUGGAAGAGAAUGCUGAAGAAGCGUCCACAUCACACGUGGUCCAGCCCCAGUUGCUUAGUAACGUGGAGGCUGAGCACAAUGACCUGGCAUGUAAAUUAGCAGGGGCCGAGCAGGAGAAGCAGAAGCUGAGCCAGGAGAUUGUUAAACUGCAGAAAGAUCUUCGAAUGUUGCGGAAGGAGCAUCAGCAAGAACUGGAUAUAAUAAAGAAAGAACAUGAACAAGAAAUGGAAGAAAAAAUCAGACAGGAGCAGGAAGAUCUUGAGCUGAAGCACAAUUCCACAUUAAAACAGCUGAUGAGGGAGUUUCAUACACAGUUGGCACAGAAGGAGCAUGAGCUGGAAAUGACCAUAAAAGAAACCAUUGAUAAAGCCCAGGAAGUGGAGGCUGAACUUUUGGAAAGCCAUCAAGAAGAGACAAGUCAGUUAUAUAAAAAAAUUGCAGAGAAAGAAGAUGAUCUAGAAAGAACAGCCAAAAGAUAUGAAGAAAUCCUUGAUGCUCGUGAAGAAGAAAUGACUGCAAAGGUAAUGGACCUUCAGACUCAACUUGAGGAGCUACAGGAGAAAUACCAGCAAAGGCUACAGCAGGAAGAGAACCCUGGCAAUGACAAGGUCACAAUUAUGGAGCUACAGACACAGCUAGCACAGAAGACCACUGUAAUCAGUGAUGCCAAGUUGAAAGAGCAAGAGUUCAGAGAACAGAUCCACAACUUAGAAGAUCGUUUGAAGAAAUAUGAAAAGAAUGUAUAUGCAACAACUGUGGGGACACCUUACAAAGGUGGCAAUUUGUACCGUACCGACGUCUCGCUCUUUGGAGAACCUACCGAGUUUGAGUAUUUGCGAAAAGUGCUUUUUGAGUACAUGAUGGGUCGUGAGACUAAGACCAUGGCAAAGGUUAUAACCACUGUAUUGAAGUUUCCUGAUGAUCAGACUCAGAAAAUUUUGGAAAGAGAAGAUGCUCGGCUAAUGUAUACUUCACCUCGCAGUGGUAUCUUCUGAGUAAACCAUCAGUCUGUGCUUAGUUAGCAUGUGUCAUGGCUCCGAUCUUCAUCCUGAAGGAAUGGGAAGAUUGGUGUGGGGCAAGCCCAGAAAACUGCACAUUUGCUGUUCUUAGAGAACGAAGCUGUUAUUCAGGCCCCACAUGUAGCCAAAAGACCAAGAGAAACCUGACCUUGGCCCACAGAAUGAUUGCAGGCUGCCUUUAAAAGAGAUUGUAUCAGUAGAGAAAUGGUGAUAGUUUUUUUUUUUUUUCCCUUCUUUUUCCUUCAGUUUUUUUGUUGGGAAGAGUUUUGUGUUUAAAAGAUAUUUUGAAUAACUUAAUCUGAUUUAUGGGCUCACUUAAUGUUCUUUUCUUCCAUUCUUUUUGUCCCUGUUUUUAAAGAACUGCUUGCCUUUCCUAUUUAUUUUUAGGGUGAUUUUUUUUUUCUUAAAAAGACUUGUGCAAUACAUUUUGAGGUGAAAUGUAGUGGAUUUUUUUCUGAUAAAUUAGAGCAUUUAAUUGACGGUUUUAUCCAGAUUGAUUUGUUGAAUAUUUGCUAAAGACUAGUAAGCUAUGACUUAAUGAUAAAUCCAAAUGGCAGUACCUCAUUGUUUACUUAGCUUUUGUACUUAUAUUUUUCAGAGGAAAAAAUACUACUGUAAAUUGUAAAUAGUCAAUACAUAAUUGUAUUGUACGGAAAUCUGUGACUGUUGGCAGUGUCAUCUCGGAAGAACAGAUAAAUAAAGUUUAUUUACUAUAUAAAA